AUGUCUACUAGAAAAGCCAUCAACAGAGUAGCCGCAGGCGGGCUCAAAUACAAACCAAUCUAUACCCCACCACCACCUCCUCCUCCACCAAAGCAAAGACCCAAAUUGGGACCCAUUCUCAUCGGCGGUUCACUAUUGUACGUUACAGCUACCUAUGUCAGUAUGCUCGUCUUCAAGAGUAAGAACGACACAAACGAUAUCGUUGCAGGAAAAACAGAGAAGCCUUCAGUGACACCAGCUACAUUUGACACCUCCAAUGUUUGGGAAUCUGUUGCUAAAAAGUAUGACCAAGAGAUUGGAUGGGAUGAAGUUGUCAUGGGCGUAGGUUUGCUGAGACGUUGGUUAAUUGGAAACGCCAAGGGAGAUGUGUUGGAAGUAUCCACAGGUACAGGCCGCAACUUUGACUACUACAAUGCAGAUCAAGUCAAGUCUGUCACAUUCACAGAUCGACACGAGCCAAUGCUAAAUGAAGCCAAGGAAAAGUACCUGGAGUCAUACAAGGACAAGUUUCAUCAAGCAUUUUUCGAGACGAGCAAUGUAGAGGAGAAAAAGAACAAGAAAUAUGAUACGAUUGUCGAUACAUUUGGAUUGUGUUCAUGUGGAGAUCCGGUAGAAGCAUUGGUGCAAUUAGCAGAUUCAUGUAAAUCAGAAGAUUCUCGGGUGCUGCUACUGGAGCACGGCCGUUCGCAUUACGACUGGUUGAACAGAUUGUUGGAUACCAAUGUUGAUAAGCAUGUGCAACAAUGGGGCUGCUGGUGGAAUCGAGACAUCAUGGGAUUGUUUCAAGAUCCCCGAGUCAAGGAAAAGCUGCAGGUAGAGAAGGUGUCUCGCUGGCAUCUAGGCACUACAUGCUACAUUAUCGCCAAACCUACUGGCAGUAGUAUCGAAUAA